CAUACGUGGAUGGUAUAAGAGAAAAUGGGAAUAUGAACAUAAAUAAUUUGCACAGCAUAUCAAACAGAGUGCAAACUAAACGGAAUCCAGUCUAUCCUUGAGCAGUUUAUCUGUUCUCAUCUUUGAGAAAAGUUGCAGACGCAACAUGUCCCUCUCUAAGUGGUCUUCAGCCGACUCCUGUACUAACAAAAAAUAUUAUCAUGAUGUUUUCUUGAGCUUUCGUGGCGAGGACACUAGAGGUUUUGCUGUUCAAUUACAUUCUGCUCUUGUUAAAGUGGGCAUUGCUACCUUCUUAGACAGUAAAAGCUUGGAGAAGGGUGAAUAUAUCUCCCCUUCUUUGAAGCGAGGCAUUUCGUCAAGUAGAAUCGGUAUUCCUAUUUUCUCCAAAAGAUUCGCAGAUUCGAAAUGGUGCCUGAAGGAAGUAGGGUUUAUGGAAGAGUGUGGGAAAAGAAUCAUACCUCUGUUUCACAACGUUUCUCCUUCGGACGUUCGUAACCCGGAUGGAGGCAUAUAUGCAAAAGACUUCGAGGAACAUGAAAGUCUGAAAACCUUCAAGCCUGAAGAAAUCACUAAAUUGAAAAGCGCAUUACAGCGUAUUGGCCGUAUACCUGGCUGGUCACUCGAUCAAAUUUCCGGGGAGGAAAUUUUGAUUAAAGAAGUUCUGGAGAAAAUUGUGAACAUCUUACUUUCAGAGAAGGGCUGUCCGGACAUUCCAACAUGCUUUGGUUUAGACUGGCAAGUGAAGCACCUCUUGAGAUUACUAAACAGAGCAGAUCGUCAGAAGGAGGUUGUGAAAGUGGGUAUACAUGGGAUGGGCGGGAUGGGCAAAACAACCCUCGCCAAGGUUGUUUACAAUCGACUCCUGUACUCUCGGUUUGGAUUGCAUUAUUUUGUACUGCGUGUUGGUGAAAGAUGUGACGAAAAAAAUGGGCUUGUAAAGAUGCAGACCCAGAUGCUCGAAGAUAUCUCACCAUUCAGAGGCGAAAUAGAUCAUGUUGAUAGAGGUAAAGCUCUCUUGCAACACUUUCUCAAGGGUAAGAAAAUUCUCCUCCUGCUGGAUGAUAUUCAAAGUUCCGAGCAGCUAGAAGCUCUGGGGGGGAAUUUCACUGACUUAGGGGAAGGUAGUUGUUUGCUUAUUACAACGCAGAAUCAACAAAUUCUAAAAUUGGCCAAAGUUGACGAAACUCACGAGGUGAGGGGGCUUCCUCAAGAACAUGCCAUGGAGUUAUUCAAAUUCCAUGCGUUGCCUAACCCCUGUUGUCUAGAUCGAGAGUUACAAACCCUAGGCAACACUAUAGUUAGUGCCUGUGAAGGCCUUCCUCUUGCCCUCCAACUUCUUGGGAAAACCCUGGCUGGUGUGGCCGAUAGAAAUGUUUGGAAAGGCAUGGCAGACAAGUUAAAGUGUGAGCCCAAUAUGCAAAAGAUACUUAGAGCCUCCUACGAUACCCUUGAUUCCUUUGAGAAGGAAAUGUUUCUGGAUACUGCUUGUUUUCUUACAGGGACAGACAAAGAAAUUGCUACGAUCUUUUGGGCAGAACUGUAUCGGAGUUGUCACGCUUCUCUCAGAAAUCUCUUGCAAAAGUCCUUGGUAAACUUGGGCCCUGGUAAUGAAUUGUUGAUCCAUGGCUGCCUCAAAGACUUGGCAAGAAAUUUGGCAAAUGAAAUGAAUUCCCAGCCCCGCAAACGAACAAGACUAUUCGAUCAGGACGCAGUGCAGGAUGUUUUACAUCGACCCUUGGAGAAGGCCAAGAAGGUGUGUUAUCUUGGCUACGAGCCCAAGGAGAGGAAGACAAUGGAGGCAGACAUGUUCAUCCAACUGUACAACUUGAGACUGCUCUGGCUUUCAGAUGUUGUGAUAAAGGGACACUUUCCUGAGGCAUGCUACUUUGACGAAUUGAGAUGGCUAAGAUUGACGAGAUGUUCAUCAAGACGGCUACCUCCGGGAAUGAACCUCAACAAGCUUGUUAUUCUGGAGGUGAUUUGUAGCCAGAUAACUCAUCUCUGCGACGAAAAAGCAGAAGAACACCCAAACAUACAACAUGGAAAACUUAAAGUGCUUAAUUUGAGUGGAUGCGUAUCCCUAGAGGAACUUCCUGCUACUCUAAUCUAUACCCAGUUGCAGAUCCUGGACUUGCAUAAUUGUCAUUCGCUCAGAAGUCUGCCCAUUACGGUGGGAACCCAGUUGCGGAUCCUGGACUUGCAUAAUUGUCAUUCACUCAGAAGCCUCCCCGAUACGGUGGGAAGCUUCCGUAGCUUAGUUUCUCUCAACAUGAAAGGCUCUGGUGUUUCUUGUUUGCCUGAGGAUUUCGAUAUGCUUUCAAGUCUGGAAGAAUUGGAUCUGUCUUGGUGUAAGAAUUUGCACAAUCUUCCAGCUAAUUUUGGCAAUCUGACUCGGUUGGAAAGAUUAGAAAUUCAUCACAAUCCUAAGCUUAGAGAGCUACCAGAUACCAUUGGCGGCCUAAAAGCUUUGGCGUAUCUGGAUGCCGGCUACUGCCAACUGUGUGAUGAUGGACUCCCAGACGGAACAUUCGAAUUGUCUUCAUUAAGAGUAAUCCAUCUCGAGCAAAACGGAUUUUGCAGUCUCCCGAGCGGCUUAGAAAAGUUAAGUGCACUUUGGGAGCUGCAUUUGGAUGGGUGCAGCAAGCUUUCCAACUUGCCAGCGGUCCCGUCAUCUUUGGAGAUGCUCUACGCCCGCGACUGCGCUCGUCUCGACAAUUUACCCUGCUUGUCCGGAUUGACGAGUCUCAUUCGAUUAGACGUCAGCAAAUCACGUCAUCUGGUGACGCUAGCCGGGUUAGAUUCUUUGCAAGGAUUAACCACGUUAAGGUUAAUGGGGUGUCAGAAUAUGUCCACCGACACACUGGCAAACUGUUUCCAGGGUCUCAAAUCUUUGGAGAGUGUUUUCUUUGGCGGGCCUGGCGUCUCCAGAUUUCAACUCCAAUCUUUCUAUGAUUCCCUCCAGUAUUUGCAGGCCAUCUCUUUCCAAACCCAAUGUCUAAUUUCAAGUCAAGUGAUCAAACCAACCUGGCAUCAUGCCGAAGCAAAUGGACAGAAAGGGGAGAAAGACAAUUGUCUUGAAUUAUGUGCAGAUCAGAAUGAGAUUAAAUAUUGUGCAGGAUAUAUUGUCUGUUGCCUUUCCCUGGGCCAAGUCUUUAAUCAGGAAGGUACGAACAGACUGUGCUGCGGAAUUAACAGGAAGCACGAUUUAGGGCCACGCAAAGUGAUCCAUCCAGACAUAGGUUAUGGAGGGGAAGAUGUGUUGGAAAUACGCGUUGUUCGAGUAGAGAGUAAUUUAAACUUCAAAUGGCUGAGAAUGGGAGAUAGACUGACCGUGAAUGCAUGUUCUGAUCAUCAGCAAUGGAAGGCAUGUUUCAAAUUUUUGAUGUACGAAGAAGCUGAUGCAACUUAUCCUCCUGCAGAAGAAGAAUGGAUCCCUACUAAAAUAACAUUUGGUGUGUGAAACAAUUCUGUUUAAAUGAGCUAUAUAAUGUUUGAUACCCUUAAUGGAAGGGAACUCUGCUUUAAAUGUAUAUUAUGUUUGUUUGAAGGCCAAAGUCAAAAGAAUGUAUUGAUUACAUAAAUAUAUAAUUUUUCUUAGAAUAAAAAUAAUCAACACUGACCACUUUUUACGACUC